UCUGUUUUUAAGAUUUAUUCUUUUUCACUUGGCUCUCUUGUACUCAACACUUACUGAUCUUACCAGAAUAGGUCAGAUGUACUGAUGUCCAAUCUUAAAUGUUUCUGAAGAGAGAUCUGUUAUGAAAAUAUACAUUCUGGCUAAGAAGUAAAGAGCAGACCAAGUGUUCUGACACACAUAAUGUGGCUGGAAGAAUCCCAAAUGAAAUCAAAAGGUGCCCGACAUCCUCAGCUGAUCCCUUGGGUCUUCGCUAUUGUUUCCAUCUCACUCCUCAGUGCUUGCUUUAUCUCAACUUGUUUCGUGACUCAUCAUUACUCUUUACGUUGGAAGAGAGGAAGUACUGUGAAGCUGUCAGACUACCACACAAGGCUAACGUGCAUCCGAGAGGAGCCACAGCCUGGAGCUACAGGAGGUACCUGGACCUGCUGUCCUGUUAGCUGGAGGGCCUUCCAGUCUAACUGUUACUUCCCUCUUAAUGACAACCAGACCUGGCAUGAGAGCGAGAGGAACUGCUCAGCGAUGAGCAGUCAUCUGGUGACCAUCAACACCGAGGCAGAACAGAAUUUUGUGACUCAGCUUUUGGAUAAACGAUUUUCCUAUUUCUUGGGAAUUACUGAUGAGAAUGUGGAAGGUCAAUGGCAGUGGGUGGACAAGACCCCAUUUAAUCCACACAUGGUUUUUUCUUUUUCAGAUUCUGGCAAAAUGAGGAAACCAAUAACUUUAUGGAAGAAGACUGUGCUGUCCUUGUUUAUAACCAAGAAAAAUGGGUCUGGAAUGACUUUCCUUGUCACUUUGAGCUGUUGAGUCAAAGCAGGUAGUCUCAUGGUGACUUAACUUCAUUGUAAUGGGCUUUCUCAACACCCCCUUUAACUGAGGAAACAAAAUCCUGGGAAGCUAAAGAGCUCCCAUUCUCAUUGCUUGUUCAUGGCAAUUAAGACGAUGGCUCGCAUCUACCUUUUCCUGAAGAUGAACCCUAUCUCCUUUGUACUUACAGGAAGUUAAUGGACAUAAGCUGGUCUUUUUACUUGGCUAAGGACUCAAUUUCCUUCAUUAUCUGAAGUUUCACUCUAUUGGUGUUUUCAUUUUGAAUCAUAAAGAGACCACAUUUUAAUUCAUUUAUGUAAAUUGUUCUAAUGUUUAAGAGCUGUACUAUUGGCAAGAAAGUCCCCUGAAUUGACAGCCUACAAUUAUGUAUUUGUACCAUUAGUGAUUCAGUCGUGACUUACCAUGAGAAAACCUACUGGGGGCUAUGGAGAUAGAUCAGUGGUUAUGAUUGCUUGCUUCUCUUCCAGAAGACCUGAGUUUGGUUCCCAGUACCUACAUAAGGUGGCUCAUAGUGGCCUACAGCACCAACUCUAGGGUAUCUAACACUUUCUUCUGGUCUACACAGCACAACUUCUUCUGCCUAUGCAACAUACACAUGCACAUACAAACAUGCACACACACAUGUGUACACGUACAUACAUACAUGCACACACAAAUAAAUAAAUAAACAUUUAAAAGGAAAGUACUAGUCUGGUUUUGUUUGAAAUUUGAUUUGCUAAUAUUUCCUACAUCUGAGAUAAUUUCCAAGCAACAACAUUUUAACUUUUCUUCUCCUUACCACCUCCCCCCACCCCCCCAUUUUGAAAGACAGCAGCUAAUUUGUAAGUUAAUGAUUUUCUGGGUUAAAUGUAGAACAAUUAAUGUUUGGUUCAAUGUGACAGUAUGACGUGUUUUUUGUGUGUUCGUGAUAAAGUUAGUACAUUUAAAAGAAGUGGAAAUAAGUACCUUGGCAUUGGGUUGAACACAUUAAUUAAAUCAUAAAGUACAAGACACGUUAAAAUAAUUUUAUGCAUUAAUGAGAUUUGUAUAUUUAAUAUUAUCCAUUUUAAUGUACAAACCAUACACCCGUCUAUGAUGAAAUCCAGUUGUCAAUAAAACAUGUGUUUUCUUUGA